GUUUCCAGUUUCUAUUCAUCAGCGACAGCAAAUAUCCAAAUAUCAUCAGUUUUUCCCCUUGUUGUUUCUUCGAUUCGUCUCUGUCGAGCGAUUGGAUCCCUCAAAGGCUAAAAACUUCAAAGUAAGCUUGGCAAAAGUUUAUCUGUGGUUGCAGAAACCUUGCUUUCUUAGAUGGCUAACCGAGCUCCUGUCAGAACUAACAACUCAGCCCUCAUUGCCAUGAUCGCUGAUGAGGACACAAUUACCGGAUUUUUACUGGCUGGAGUUGGCAAUGUCGAUUUGAGGAGGAAAACAAAUUACCUUAUUGUGGAUUCAAAAACAACAGUGAAGCAGAUUGAAGAUGCUUUUAAGGAAUUCACCACAAGAGAGGACAUUGCAAUAGUGUUAAUCAGCCAAUAUGUGGCCAACAUGAUAAGAUUUUUGGUUGAUAGUUACAACAAACCAAUUCCAGCCAUUUUGGAGAUCCCUUCAAAGGAUCAUCCAUAUGAUCCUGCCCAUGAUUCUGUUCUAUCACGAGUGAAGUAUCUCUUCUCUGCCGAAUCAGUAGCUGGCGAUAGGCGUUAAUGUUGGAGUAAUGUUUCUAUAUUCCCCAACUAUUUCAUAAUAUCUUGAUAUUGUAUCAUGUCCCCACUCUAUCAAGAGAUAAUUCAUUUUGUAAUCUGUUUUAAAUAUUUAAGCGGUUUGUGUUGUUCUCGACUGUUGAUUUUCAAGUUGUAUAAGUUAAAAGUGACUCUGAGUGAACAACUUGUUGCAAAUAAGUCAGUUGCUCUGUUCUUUGGGAGGUUCAAUUGAUAUUAUGGAUGAUUAUUCUUAAAGAGUAAUCAAAUAAACUAUUUGAGGACUGCAUCAA